GCGGCGACGCGCUAACCAGGGGCGAAUCGGGUGAAGAGUGGGUAGACCCCCCAACUUUAAAAAGUUAAAAUCUCUUCGCGAUAAUCCCCGGUGUGGAUUCUUGGCAGUCUGCCCGCCUUAUCACUCCCCACAUGAGCUCACUUUUGUCCUACUGUGGUCUGGCUGCAUACCAGUUGGACCCCCUGGCUAGCUCCAGCACGGUGAUAUAAUCUCGUAUCGGUGGUUAUCAUGGACUGAUCGUGCAUUCGUCCUCUCAUAUACCCCCGAAACCGUCAUCUCCAGUGGCAAGGCCCUUACUCUGUUUCAAAGCUUUUUUUGAAAAGCUUUUCAUUUCUUGACAUAAGCAGAGGCAACGAAAGAAAAGGGACACACUCCUCAGCUGAUCGACAUGAUACAACAUACACCACAGAAGGAUGUGGAGGCCCCAUCAUUGGGCUUCGACUCGGACCUUCCAGACGAGGGAAGCUUGGAGGAGUCCGCCAUGGAGGAGGCGAAGAGGAAACAAUUGAUUCGAAAGAUUGAUAUGCACAUUUUACCAUUUGUGGUAUUGUUGUAUCUGUUCAGCUUUCUGGACAGAGUAAACAUCGGCAAUGCAAGACUCUACGGGUUGGAAGAAGACCUUGGUCUGGUCGGAGACCAGUACCAAACCGCCGUGUCCAUUCUAUUCGUGACUUACUGUUUUUUCGAGGUUCCGUCGAACCUGCUCAUCAAAAAACUGCGUCCUGGGCGCUAUAUCGCAAUGAUCUCCAUUAUCUGGGGUAUUAUCGCCACGUUGACAGGAAUCACCAGGAACUAUGGGGAUCUGAUCGCCUGUCGUAUUCUCUUGGGGGUCGUGGAAGCUGGGUUGUUUCCCGGUCUCGUGACGUACUUGACGAUGUUCUACAGCAAGCGCGAACUCGCACUGCGGACAGGUUAUCUGUUCAGCAGUGCUGCCAUUGCCGGAGCCUGCGGAGGUCUCCUGGCGUACGGCAUUGGCUUCAUGGAGGGCAUCUGUGGGCUCCGGGGCUGGAGAUGGAUCAUGAUCAUCGAAGGCAUCCCGACCGUCCUCAUCGGGAUAGCCACCUGGUUCUUCCUCGCGGAUAGCCCCGACACCGCCUACUACCUCAACGACGACGACAGAGCACUGGUGGUCCGCCUCCGCAGCCGCCAAACCGGCCAGACCGCCUCGGCCCAGAACUUCCAUUGGGCCGACGUCAAAGAGGGCGCGCUCGACUGGAGGAUCUACGUCUUCUGCAUCGCCCAGUUCGGCGUGGACACGAUGCUGUACGGUUACAGCACAUUCCUCCCCACCAUCAUCAAAGGCAUGGGCUCAUGGUCUACUGCCGAGGUGCAGGCGCUCACCAUCCCCUGCUACGCGCUGGGGGCCAUUGCGUACCUGGCCGUAGCGUGGAUUAGCGACAGAACCCAGCAGCGCGCGCUCUACUCCUGUAUCUUUGCCGCCAUUUCCGUCGUCGGGUACGGGAUCCUCAUCUCGGAUACGUCCUCGGGCGUCCACUACUUCGGCGCCUUGCUCAUCGCCUUGGGUCUGUACGUCGCCGUGGGUCUUCCCCUCGCAUGGCUGCCCACCAACCUACCGCGCUACGGAAAGCGAACAUUCGCCACUGGACUGCAACUCACUUUUGGCAACGUGAGCGGCGUCAUGUCUCCCUUCUUGUAUAAGACCAAUGAAGCGCCGCGCUACGUGCGUGGAAAUGCCGUGACGCUCGCGCUUGUUGGCUUCGCGGGGGUGAUCUACGCUCUGAUGUGGGUUUACUAUCGUGGAAAGAACAGUCGCAGAGCGCAGGGUCUCGAGGAUGAGAAGGUCGCUGGGUUGACGGAUGAGCAGAUCGAGGAGCUUGGGGAUAAGAACCCUCGAUUUUUCUAUUCUAUAGAUGAUGAUGUCCGGCCGUGGAAUAUUCUUCAUCAUCUUGGAGGGAAUGGGCCUUGGAUUGAGAAGACUGAUGGAGGGGUUGAGGCGCAGGGGGUGGAUCCGCCGGAGGAAUGCUCGGUUGAUCAGGUUCAUAUGAUGUCCCGCCACGGAGAGCGAUACCCGACCACAUCAGCAGGAAGCCGCCACCUGGAGUUCCUCAACAGACUCAAAGAAGCCAACGUCAUCACCAACGGCUCCCUAUCCUUCCUCAACAACUGGACCUACUUCACCGCCACCCCAGAGAAAGACUUCGACCAGCUAACCACGACGGGGCCCUACGCAGGCAUCCUGCAAGCCUUCACGACAGGCGUCCGCUUCCGCACCCGCUACAGCCACCUGCUGGCACCGCAGAAGGUGCGCCUUUGGGCAAGCGACUGCAACCGCGUCAUCGAAUCAGCGCGCUACUUCGCAGCGGGUCUCUUCGGGCUCGACUGGGAGGCGAACGGAAAAGCCGAGCUGGAAAUCAUCCCCGAGACGGCUGAUCGGCUCGCUGACACGCUGACACCUGGUGAUACGUGUCUGCGGUACGUUGACGACGCGGUUGCCGGCCAUGACAAUGGUGCCAACAUGCUGGCGCUGUUCCAGCAAGCGUAUAUCCCGCCCAUCGCUCAGCGGCUGAUCGCAGACGAGGGCAAUGCCGCGUUGGGCCCGUUCAGCAAUGUAGAGGUGUUCAGCAUGCAGGAGAUGUGUGGGUUUGAGAUGAUCGCGCGCGGUGCAAGCCCCUGGUGUGAUGUCUUUACUAAGGAGGACUGGGAUAACUUUGAGUAUGCCCGUGACUUGAUCCACUACUACCGUGCGGGUCCUGGGACGCCGUAUGCUGGCGCGAUGGGAUGGCUGUGGUUGAAUGCUACGGCGGAUUUACUCCGGAAGGGGCCUGAAGCUGGGACUACGUUUUUCAGUUUUGUCCACGACGGAGACAUCGCCCCGUUUCUCACCGCGCUAGAUAUCAUGAAAGAUCCCAAAUACGAUCCUUCUCUGCCUACGUCGCACAUGGCUGCAGACCGUACGUGGCGUACGUCGACCGUGAUGCCGAUGGGCGGUCGCAUUGUGCUGGAGAGGAUGGUUUGUUCGGGUGAGGGUGCUCGUGAUGAAACGCCGUUCCUCCGUACCCUUAUCAACGAUGAGGUCGUGCCGCUACCGUACUGUCAAUCGGGGCCUGGCAUGUCCUGCUCGUUGAAGGAUUUCGAGGAGCAUGUCGAUAGACGGAGACGGGAAGUGGGUGAUUUCGCAGACGUUUGUGGGAUAGAGGGUGAUGCAGGGGGGAUUACGUUUUUGCGGCAGAAUUAUGAAUCCCGCAACCCCCGACGACCACCCGAAGAAACCGGCCCAUUCGGCAAGCGACGAAACGCCCGAUACGAGCACACCCGAUCGCGCACACGCACAGGCACGCCCGCAAAGCGCGAGAACCCCAACGUAGCCGAGUUCGGGCGGCUCUUCGCCGCACAGCAGGAGGAUGAACAAGUGCGGAGCAGCACGCUGCCCAAGUCGUCGUCGAGUAGUAGUCUGGACAACGUGCGCAAGCAGGUCGCGGAGAAGGUCGCCACGGAGUGUAUCUUUUACGGAUACAGCAGCAAGGACUUUGAGUGGAAGGUUAUCGACAAGUAUGAGCGCAUCUCGCGCGGCGCUAUCUGUGAGGAUUACCCGCGCAGCGAUCCCAACUCGGCGAGCUCGUUCUCCCAGCUGCUUAGUGGUGGGGAUGUGGUUAUUCGGAAGGAUUUGUCGGUUGAUGCGAAUCGCAAGUCGAAGCACUAUGCUGGGGGUUUUCAUUGGAUUAAGGUCACGUUUGACUCGACGACCGCUGCGGAUCGGGCUUGCUUUUACUCGCCGCAGGAGAUUGACGAUCAUCUGGUGUUCUGCGAGUUGUACCGUGGUCAUGGUCCGUCGGAGGAUGUCCCCAUCCCGAAGGGGUCUGCCGUGGCGGGACAGUUUGCGUCCAAGGCGCCGCGCACGCUGAGCACUUCGCACUCGACUACGUUCCUCCAGGGCAAGACGCAAGAGCGCUCCACGUUACCGCGAUCGUUCGCGAUGAACAAUCUAUCCAGCGUACCAGACGUCGAUGAGGAAACGGAAGAGCACUCGCAAUCGCUGGAGUCCACCCCGACCGCCAGCUCAGCCACAGCCACCGGCAUCGACCAGGGGUCGUUCUCCGGGCUGCAACAACGACACGCGCCGCAGGAGCCCAAGCCUGAGUCGGAAUUCAUGACGCACAUCCCCACCGUCCGGCGGACGAAGCUGCGUCCUAUGGUGGAGGCCCUCCCGCCUCAGCCGACAGUCACAGAGCGCGUGCUCCGCUCGAUCCCCAUCCUCAGCUGGUUCACGGGCGACAUUGUCGGCGACGGGCCGCAACUGAAAGAAGACGGCACGUUCGACUACGACAAGUCGAACACGUACUGGCGACUGUGGUAUAUGGUGGAUAUGGUGUUGGGGACAGACAUUUGCGGGCUACGAGAGGAGUCUUGAUCUCGACUACAUCUUGGCUGCUUUAACUUGACUCAACAUGACUGGACUGCGACUGCAGUUCUACCAUCCUCAGCAGCAACCGCUCCGUCCGCAGGGACGCGUACCUCCAGUGAACACAGCUCACCUCUCGGGAGAUCCACACUCACUGGUAGGGAUGAGAUGGGAUGGGGUGGAUGUCGUGAGGGCAAAAUUUUUCCUUUUAUGAUCUUUUACCGGACUAGCUCUUGCUGUACGUUUUGAUAGCAUUUAGUGGUGGCGCUCGGAUAUGUACUACUUUUUCAAUUUUUCAAUAAUUGCAUGAUGACCAUGGUGUGUUUACAUGGCUAGUUACUCC